AUGGGCGGAAAAGCGCCAAAGACGAUUAUUACGGAUCAAGACGCUGCAAUGGCGAAGGCAUUAAAGCAUGUGAAUAAUUUUCAUGCAUCUCCAUUCUUAACACUUGGAAUAAAGAAGGUCAUCUUAAAAUUAAUGUUCGAAAUUGAGGAGGAGGAGGAUUUUAUCAGGGAACGGGAUUUAAUGAUUGCAGAGUAUGGUGUUGCUGGUAAUAAGUGGCUUUCCACUUUGUUAGAUUUGAGACAUAAAUGGGCCCUGGCAUUUGUCAAACAAGACUGGUCUGCAGGAAUGAGUAGCACGCAACUUAUUCUACCAGAAUUCUUCACACACUUUGACAGAUUAUUGUCGGACAAGCGGUACAAGGAGUAUGAAGCUGAGUAUGGCUUGGUGGAGAGCCAACCGGAACUAAAAACAAAGUGCCACAUAUUACGUCAAGCGGGGAACGUGUACACCAUGGCAAUAUUUCAGCUUUUCCAGGAAGAGUUUUUAGCUGCUCUCGCGAGUCAGGCUGUUAUUAGUUGCAAUGACUUGGAUAACAAUGGACACCAUGUUUAUAAAGUUGCUGGUGAGGACGGGGUGCAACGUCGUGUGAGCAGGACAUUUGAAGAUGAAUUGUCAUGCUCAUGUUGUAAAUUUGAAAGAGUGGGCUAUUUGUGCAGGCACCGUUUGAAAAUCCUUAAGGACUGCAUGUUUGUGAAUGAAUUGUCUUCCCGAUAUAUAAUAAAAAGGUGGACUAGAAAUGCUAGAGAUGGCAGGUUGGACGAAAUUGUUUCCACCGACGUGAAUCUGGAUCCUCAACUUGAGAUUAGGCGAUGGCAUAGGACGCUUUGCCGUAUACUGACUAAAAUAUCUUCCAUUGCAUCAUACGAUGCCGAAGGAUAUAAUGAUCUAUUAGAAAAGCACUGGACUGGAAAAGAACAGUACGAAUAA